AUGCAGUAUGAACUAGACAGUUUUGCACGACAGAAUGCGAUCAGAUUUGAAGAGAAUGGAGGUGUUUACUACAAUAACGCCAAUGAAGUAAAGAAAUUCAAAACGCCAGUCGCAGAACUACAGAAGUACGUGAUGUCUAAGGAUAGACAUUUCUUCAAAACCGAAUUCGAGAAAUUCCCUUAUGGUCUGCUAAAAGACUUCCAAGUGUCCCAGAUAAAGGCAAACAUCACCAAAAACAGAUACAAGGGCAUUUACCCAUAUGAUGCUCACAGAGUAAAAGUUCUUGGUGAGGACACGGACUAUAUCAACGCCAGCUUCAUCGACGGUUACAACAAACGACACGAAUACAUCGCUGCAUUAGGUCCGAUGUCUAAGCAGCUUGGUGACUUCAGAGCUUUCUGGAAAAUGGUUUGGCAACAAAAGGUGGAGAAAAUCGUCAUGGUUACAAAUCUAGUAGAAGAAAGGACGGUCAAAUGCGAGCAAUAUUGGCCUGAUGCAAGUGUAAGUCAAGUAUAUGGUGACAUCCGGGUUGUUUGUCAAAGCGAAAAUCACUAUGCUGAGUUUACGAGACGGACAUUUACGGUCAUGAAGUCCAAUGAAGAGAGAAUUCUGCACCACCUACAUUUCACAGCGUGGCCGGACAAAGACGUUCCAGAAGACGUCACGUCGAUAAUUGAGUUCAGAGAGAAAAUCUUACAUGCUCCAGUAGUCUUAGGAGGACCUACCAUUGUGCACUGCAGUGCAGGCGUCGGUCGGACCGGUACUUACAUUGCUAUAGACACUGUGACAAAGGAGGGAGAGUCAGAAGGGGCAGUAGAUAUAGCAGGAUGUGUGCUCAACAUGCGACAGAACAGGCCCAACAUGGUCCAGACUGCGGGUCAAUACGAGUAUAUUCACCACGCCGUGGUCCACUCUCUAACGUUCGACUGUAAACAUGUGGCCGGUGAAAAGUUCCAGUCAUAUAUGAACAAUGUUUCCAAGGAACAAAUCAGAAACAUAUUUCACACAUUGCAAGAGACAAAAACGCAUGUGUCGUUGGAGGGAAUGGAGGCAGUGGAAAGAAACACAAACUUCACUGACAAAAACAGAAAAGGGCCCGAUAUUCCAGGUGAUGUUCAUCGACCAAGACUUUACCUGAACCACAGACCAGGUGCAUCAGACUAUAUCAAUGCAGUAUUUGUGAACAGCUUUCAGGUCAAGAAUAAAUACAUCCUUGCCCAGUCACCUCUUCCAAACACAGUCGCCGAGUUUUUGUCGUUAGUUGUCCAAACGGAUUGUGCCUGCAUAGUCAAUUUUGAAUCCACAUCGGCAACUAGAAAUGAUGUCGGUGUAUAUGUUCCCCCAGACAACAAAGUGUUAAAAAAGGGGAUCUUCAACGUCCGUUGUUCGAAGGCAGACGCUAAUGCGUACCGUAUCAAACGAACAUUAACAAUUGAUUACCAUGGAAAGGAGCUGUGUCUAACGCACCUGGAAUUCACUGAUUGGAACAAGGAUCAAAACCUUCCAAAUUCGCCGUCUGACUUCCGUCGAUUGAUUACAGAAGUAGAUAUUGUUACAGCCACUGCGAAUGCUGAUAGACCCGUACUUAUACAUUGCCUGGACGGUGCCAGUAAAUGUGCUCUGUUCAGUGUCGUUGCCUCCCUGCUACAAACAAUGGAGGUGGAGCAUGAAGUAAGCAUUGUUAACGCUGUCAGGAAAGUGAGGACAAGACGGAAAGGUGCCAUUCCUAACUCAGAGCAGUUUCAGUUUUGCCAUGACUGUGUCCUGGACUACAUCAAGAGUCCCAACGCCUACUCCAAAUUCAUUGCAGAGAUCUAAAAAUAAUAUCAUGAAAUCAGCUACUGGGUCUAAAAAUAAAAAUUAAGAUAUCGCUAAGAACAGCAAUAUAGUACAUUUCCUUACAUUGUGUAAUUAAAUUGGAUGAAUAUACCCCUUUAUUGCUUUGUUUAAUUUGAAUCGCGAAGCUAAGAGGUUAAUAUUUAUUAACACAAUUGAGCUUUAUGAUGUAUAUGGGCUUUUAAUUUGAGUAUUGACAUUUUUUAACCGUGAUAAAAAAUCUAUGCUUUUCGGUUCCAAGGCAGAAACGUCACUUUACAAAAUUAGUUUAACAAUUUAUGUCGUGUUGAAAAUUUCUUUUUGUGCUAUAUAGGCCAAUCCUUAUUUGCCUUUAACUAAAAGUUUUAAGGAUAUUAAAAAGACAUUUUAUGUCCUUACAAUGAUUUCUUGAGGUUAAUUAUGAGUAUACGUAAACAUUGGUUACGCAUGCGAACUCCACGAUAUGCAAGAAAAUUCGCCUGUUGUAUGAUGUUAGACUUAAAGGUUAUUACAUAGUUUACCUUGGAUCGAUUAUGCAUAGCCUAGUUAAACAACAAUUUUGUAGUACAUGCACACACGAAUUCUAGAAAUUAAACAGAUUUUUUAGAUCGGAGCAGGAAGGUUUUGAUGUUCAAUGCUAUGUUAUGUACUUUAUUUGCACCUGUCCUAAUCCUACAACACGUUGGUGUGUGCUAUUUGGAUGCAGUAGAAUGACCACUUGUCAAAGAUUGUAGAUGUUCUUAUUUAAUGUUUGUAUUUAAUGUCUUAUGUAUAACAUAAAUUGAACACAUAUUUCUUCCAUAAUAUAUUUUAGUUGCGUUUUUUCUAUAUUAAAUGAUGUGAAAAAAUAAUGACAGAAUAUUGCAUGUGAUAAAUUACUAAAGCAUAUUUGUUUUAAUCCAUACCUACUAUAAUUUUAUAAUAAAAAUAAUAGUUGUAUAUGUAGUAUAUUAAUUGUGUUUGAUUCAACAUUUGAUAAAUGCAUGCUGUAUGCUUAAACGUUGAUAAAGGCAAUCAACCAAAGACAAAGGUGCAGUAUUUUCAUCACACGAUAUUGAGUUAGCUUCGUAAAUAAGCAUGUAAAUGUUUCAUAUUUAUUUCGAUUAUUAAUCAUUGUGUAUCAACCAUUAUGUUUCGAGUUUUCUGCUGUACUUCUUUUGCGAAUUUAUAAUGUAUUCAAACAUCGCUUGCUUGCCGUCUGUCACGUGAUCAUAAUGGACAUGUGCAAACUUUAAUAUAGGUAAGAAUCACAAUCACACAUGUAAAGAUUAUCACAAGUACUGAAUGUAAACAUGUAUUUUAUUUACAAACUGGAAUUAUUAUUAUAUUAUUUGCUUUAAUCAUAUUUGUUUUACUUAUAUUGCAUGUAUUAAAACUUCUAUUUUUCGUAAUAAAUUCAAUCUUUGUAAAUUAAAGUUUUUACUUUAUAACAAUGUUUUGAAUAUUGUUUUUAACACACACACACACUAUCAAUAUGUAGUUAAUAAGAGAAUAAUAAUUUAACAGUUCCGUAAUACAAGUAAUUUUUUAAGUAUAACAACCAUAUGUUUAAUAAAAUGAACUUGGUCUUCGUGGUGUAGUACACGACAAGAACUCUUAUUAAACGUGCACAGAUAGAGCAAGACGCAUUGUUUCACGUGCAAUACCAAGUUUCCGAAAUGCUGAUUUCGUUGACUUCAUACGGACGGACGGACGAUCAGACAGACAGACAGACAAACAAGACGGACAGACAGACGGACAGACGGACGGACGGACAGACAGACAGACGGACGGACUAGUAUAAUAUUAUUUGCUUUUAUCAUAAUAUUUAUUUUUCUUAUAUUGCAUGUAUUACAACUUAUAUUUUUCGUCAUAAUUUCAAUCUUUGUAAAUAAAAGGUUUUACUCUA